AUGAUAUUAGCCGUCCUCACGGCGGCUCUCGUGGCAGCCAUUGCCUUGAUCGCUACAACGACUUCCAUUCCAUCAGAGCUCGCCCUUUUCGUCGGCAACCCUCUCCAACCCCUCGGAGCCAGAGUGAACCAGAAAAGUUCUGAAUACUACAUUGGUUAUCGAGGCUCGGAUUUCGACAAGCCAUGGGCAAAGUCCUUCAACGACAAUGUCUCGCCGGUGGACCAGGACUUCAUCAGGAGUCUCGAGCGAUCUCCAGUACCUGCCAGUCAGGGAGUAUCCAUACGUGAUGCCGGGGAAGCAUUGAAUCAGCCGGGUUAUCUGCCUCUUGAGGAUGGAUAUACGUUCCUUGACGACGGGACGCUGUUGCUGGCAAUACGAUCUGAGAUGCCUCCGAACUUCUCGGGAGAAAUGUACGACUUCUGGUUCUCAUGGCACAUGAACGACACGACCAAAUACAAACUCUGGCAUCCAAAGCAGCACCAGUACGCCGCCACCACCUACCGCACCAAACUCUGGGGCACCACCUCCUUCGUCUCCGAAUACAUCGGCGCCACCGCCGACAAAAUCUCCAUCUCCUUCUUCGACCCCUCCCUCCUCAACUUCACCACCACAAACCCCUCCACGGGCGUCGAAACCCUCGUGGCCGCCUUCGCCAAGACCUUUCGGCACACGAAACGCGACGCCACAGCGAUGGCGAAACGCGGCUUCAAACCCUGGGACACGGUGCUGAUCCACCAGGUCCGCCGAACGCCGGAUGGCGGUGGCUAUGAGGUGAGAUCGAGGUUUUGGUUGGGGAGCUGGCUGGUGAGGAGGUUGAGGGUUGUUGGGGAUCCGGAGGGGUUGGCGAGGGAUUUGUGUGUGCAUUGUAGGGAGGAGAUGACGCAUUUGGGGAGGUUUUUGCCGGGGUUGUUUGGGGAGUUUGGGGGGGAUGUUUCUACUUGA